AUGAGAGCGGUCACACGAGUUGUGUUCUCCAAUGGCAACACCGUGGCAAUGAAAAGAUACGCACCCUACUGUCUGCACCCUGGCAAGGACGGGUCUACGGAUGGUCGCGAAGAAAUCACAGUGUGCAAUCCCGCUAGCGGCGAAGAGCUCACUAGGGUAGUGAGUGCAAAUGAAGAAGACGUCCAGACCGCUAUCCUCUCUGCACACGAAGCUUUCAAGGCUGGGAUCUGGUCCAAAACUCCAGCAGCACAUCGUGCGACAGUCCUCAGCAAUCUUGCACGCGCGCUCGAGGCCCGCGUCGAGAACUUCGCCGCAUAUGAGACCCUUCAGACUGGACGUGCCAUCCGUGAGAUGCGCGCUCAGAUCGGCAGGCUACCCCUAUGGCUGGACUACUACGCCUCCCUUCUUCGCACUCAUGCUUCAUAUAUUGCACCAACAUCCGGUCCGUUGAUCAACUAUGUACAAAGAGUUCCUCUGGCCUUUAAUCACCCCCUCUUAAUUGCCGUGAAGAAGAUUGCUCCCGCACUUGCAGCAGGCAACUCGGUCAUUGUCAAACCGAGCGAACUCGCUCCGGCAUCCGUACUGGAAUUCGCAGAGAUGGCCGCCGAAGCGGGAGUACCUCCGGGAGUGCUGCAGGUCCUACCUGGAUACGGCCAUAAGGUCGGGAAAAUGCUUGUUUCUGACCCCAUCGUCAAGAAAGUGGACAUUACCGCGGGCACGAGCACAGGUCGCACGAUUGGCGAGAUCGUGGGCCGCAACCUGUCCCACUUCACCGCGGAGCUCGGCGGGAAGGCUCCCAUCGUCGUCUUUGACGAUGCCGACCUACAGAGUGCCGUGGACGGCGCCGCGUUCGGGUGCUUUAUCGCCUCAGGCCAGACCUGUGUGUCCGGCACCCGGCUGCUGGUCCAGGACAAGAUUUACGACGCCUUCAUGGAGCGCUUCCUACAGAAGGUCGAGAGCAUCACGAGGCGGAUGGGCGACCCCUCGAACCCAAAAUCGACCAUGGGCACCGUCAUCUCCCUGCGCCACCUCGAGCGCAUCGAGGGCAUGGUCCAGCGCGGCGUCGGCACCAUCCUCGCGGGCGGCAAGCGCAUGACCGGUACCUCCACCCUCGACGGCUGCGACUUCUCCAAGGGCGCGUUCUUCCCCCCUACCGUUGUCACCGACGUCCCGACUGAGGACGACCUCUGGCUCGAGGAGCUCUUCGGCCCUGUCGUCGUCGUCAAGCGCUUCUCGGACGACGGCGAGGGCGUGAUGCUCGCAAACGCAUGCAAGUACGGGCUCGGUGCAGGGAUCUGGACGCAGAACCUCGCACGAGCGCACAGGGUCGCGGACGAAAUUGAGGCCGGGAUCGUGUGGGUCAACACGCACCACCGCAACGACCCCAGCUCGCCGUGGGGCGGCAUGAAGGAGAGCGGCGUCGGCAGGGAGAACGGCGUCGAAGCGUUCGAAGCUUACACGCAGUCCAAGUCUAUUAUCGUCAACACGGCGUACCCUGAAGAAUCCAGAGCUGGGGAUUGGUUUGCUGAAGAUGAAGAGGAGAAGAGGUAUGGUUGA